UCCUGAGGCGAAAUUGAAAUAAGCUGCUGUGAUAGCAAAAGUCGAAUAAAAGAUGGAUGAAUGAGUCCUACUGUCUAACGUGGAAUUAGGUAAGCAGACCUAAUUAUUGUGCACCGGUUCUGGACAAGUCAAACAACGGAGGGAGGGAAGCUACUAGCCGCCUUGGUCGUAGUACUCGCACCAUCACCACCAACCCACGCCACGCCACGCGACUCCCAACCAAAACGAACAACGAGGCAUACAAUACAAUUCAUUUCCCAACAGAUCAAUCAUCCUCUACAUGUUACAUCACCUCGCCUGUCGCGUUUUUAUAAGCCUUAGAAAAGAGAUGCGCCGCGCGCGCGGUGGCCAUCUAGCUAUCGCUGGUAGUACAUAUCAGCACCGGACCGGCCCUCUGCCUUGAGGUUGCGUGUAUUGUUCUUUGUGGGCGUGGGCGUUGAUGGCGUCAACGGCAUACUCGCGGCCAUCGAAGCCGCCUGGGCCGGCGGCCGGCGAGAGGAAAGGACCACGGCUGGCCAAGGAGCUCGGCAGGAUCGAGCCCAAGAAGCUGGGCAUCGGGCUGGUGGCCGGCUGCUGCCUCGCGCUGCUCACCUAUCUCUCCUUUGCCCGGCUAUUUGCCAUCUACUCGCCGGUAUUAGACAGCUCGUCCCUGUUGUUGAAGAACACGCCGCCGGCAACGACGACGGUGCCGGCUACAGAGGCGCUGCCGGUGCAGCAAAAGACCCAAGUGGAGGACCAGAAAGAUGCUCCUGACCCUGAGCUGGACCCGAACAUGCCAAACUUACCAGAGGUCACACAAAAGGAUCAACAGGAGGCGGCCACGGCGACAAAGCCAGCCGGUGCCGUCACAGAGGCCAAGAUCACCUGCGACGAGAACGGCGUUGACGAGGGCUUCCCGUACGCGCGCCCUCCCGUGUGCGAGCUCGCCGGCGACAUCCGUAUCAGCCCCAAGGAGAAAGCCAUGUACUUGGUUAACCCGUCCGGCGCCGGCCCGUUCGACUCCAACGGGGAGAAGAAGAUUCGCCCGUUCGCCCGCAACGACGGCUUCCUCCUCCCAGGCGUCGUGGAGGUCACCAUCAAGUCCGUGUCCUCGGCCGCAGCCGCGCCGCAGUGCACGCGCCGGCACGACGUCCCGGUGGUGGUCUUCUCCGUGGCCGGGUACACGGACAACUUCUUCCACGACAACACGGACGUGCUGAUCCCGCUGUUCCUCACCACGGCGCACCUGAAAGGGGAGGUGCAGUUCCUCAUCACCAACUUCAAGCCUUGGUGGGUCAACAAGUUCACGCCCCUGCUGAAGAAGCUCUCCAACUACGAUGUCAUCAACUUCGACGAGGACAAGGAGGUGCACUGCUUCCGGGCAGGACACCUCGGGAUGUACCGGGACCGCGACCUCAUCAUCUCCCCUCACCCGACGCGCAACCCGCACAACUACUCCAUGGUCGACUACAACCGGUUCCUCCGCCGCGCCUUCAGCCUGCCGCGCGACGCGCCGGCGGUGCUCGGGGCGGAGACCAGCGCCAAGCCUAAGAUGCUCAUCAUCGAGCGGAAGGGCACGCGGAAGCUGCUCAACCUGCGGGAGGUGGCCGCGAUGUGCGAGGCGCUCGGCUUCGCGGUGACCGUGGCGGAGGCCGGCGCUGACGUGCGUGGCUUCGCCGAGAGGGUGAACGCGGCCGACGUGCUCCUCGCGGUGCACGGCGCCGGGCUCACGAACCAGAUCUUCCUGCCGACGGGUGCCGUGCUUGUGCAGAUCGUGCCCUGGGGGAAGAUGGACUGGAUGGCGACCAACUUCUAUGGGCAGCCGGCCCGCGACAUGCGGCUCCGGUACGUGGAGUACUACGUCUCGGAGGAGGAGACGACGCUCAAGGACAAGUACCCCAGGGACCACUACGUGUUCAAGGACCCAAUGCGCAUCCACGCGCAGGGGUGGCCCGCCAUUGCCGAGAUCAUCAUGAAGCAGGAUGUCAUGGUAAACAUGACAAGGUUCAAGCCGUUCCUGCUCAAGGCGCUCGACGAGUUGCAGGAGUAGCUGGAGAAGGGUGAUUCCCUUUGGAUAGCCUUUGUAUGGCUCGAUGCGGACAGUUUGGAUAGGGCGAUAGGCCAGCACAGAUGCGGUACAGGGGACUUUUCGUUUUUUUUUCUUUUUCUUUGUCAUUAAAUCAACUAAAAUUUUUUAUUUUCAUUUGGGGCUGUUUAUUAACACGUCGUUGUGCAAUUUGGAAAGAGCUAUAAAUUACUCCUUCAACGAAAGAUAA